GUACACCGUCAGCAGUCGGUGCAGUCACACGCUCAUAUCACUCCACUGCGAGAGAUAGGGACCAUCUACGCACUUAACGCGCACUAUUACAACAGCAAGAAGAAGAAGCGGUUUAUUUCUUUCAAAAUUGUUUUCGAGUUUUAGGGCAGUUCAAAAAAAAAAAGGAAAAAAAAGGCACUUGGCUGUCGUUCACAUGCAUUUCUAAUCGCCUGCCAACAAGACAACCGGUCAUGAAGAUCCUUAGUGUUUUAAAUUGAAUCCGAGUGCUCUUCUUUUCUUUUCUUUUUUCUGAUUCUUUGAAUUGAAAAAGAACUGAAUCAAAAUAAAAGACAUUUGAAAGAAAAGGACUGAAAAGAAGAAGAAAACUAACGAGCAGAUAAAAGCAAACAAACAAACAAAAAAGGGGGGCAAUACGAAAUGUCUUUGGAAAUGUACUCUCAGUUCGGCUCCAGUGAUCUGAUGGGCAACACAGACGCUCAUGGAUAUUAUGCACCGGCCGCCUAUGUCGUUCACGACGUUUACCACCACUCGACGGGUUUUACGGCCGAGGAAGGCGUCCGCCACAACACUAGCGCGAUUAACAGCGCUAACAAUGGCGGUCAUAACAACAACAACAACAACAACAACAAUAGCUCGGCCUCUUACGACGAUCCAAAUUGCCAGAGUCCCGUCUCGGCUCAAUCGUGGGCAAGUCUGAGGUCACCCAGUUCAUCGCCGCGGCUACUGACGGAAUUGCGGCCCGGUAGCGACCAGCUGCCACAUCCGCAUCGACCUGUUGUUGUUGCCGCUCUUGGACCUUCCAGUAGCACUCCGGUCGGAUCUGUCGAUUAUUGCCUGCUCGGAAUGGAAGGGCCGGCGUCCGUUGUGGCGUCGGAUGGCAAGUACAGCGCGUCGGUGAUUACCGAUCAGGAAGAAUCGAACGCUGGUGAGUUCGGAGCUUCGUCUAUGUGGACGGAUGAUGGCGAAUCGGAAGCUACGAUGGAGUCCAAUCCGGCAGGACUGGAGUCUUCUGCCAGUCCGUCAACUGAGGCCAUGAACGAUGGACGGACAAGACAGCCGACUGAGCAGAAAAGACAACGCAAAACGCGGACGCCUCGGACGCCUAAAAACAAUUCGAAUGGAAGCAAUAACAGCGGAGGGAGCAACAGUAGCGGCGGAAGCGGAAGCCGUCGUCGUUCAACCAAAGUGCCGACUGUCGAGGUGGUGAAGAAGCGCCGGUUGGCUGCCAACGCCAGAGAACGCCGACGCAUGAACAGCUUGAACGAUGCGUUCGAAAGACUACGUGAGGUCGUGCCCGCACUGGGCAGCGACCGCAAACUUUCCAAGUUCGAAACGCUUCAAAUGGCCCAGACUUACAUCGGAGCCUUGGCCGAACUUCUUACGAGGCACUGAUGGAAUUCUUGUUUCGUUGCAUUCGGUAGGACAGGUCUACGUUAGGCCCAUUUUUUUUUUGUUUCCAAUGUCAACUACCGUGACGUGUAAAUGUUAUUCUAAAAAUGAAUUCAUCUGCUAAUAGUCUUAUUAAUCGACCCACCCUCCCAUUUUUUUUUUGGAAAGAAAUUUAAGAUUUAAAAAAUAAUAAUAAUAAUACUAAUAGGAAAUUAAAAAUAGCUAUGAUAGAGAGUUAAAAACGAUCUAUAUUUAUAUUGUCAAACAAAUUUAUUGUUGUUUUUGUUAUGAUUUGUUCGUUGAAAUUGAGAGCGUCUCCGAAUUUGAAAUGCCACAUUUGUUCAAUUUCAAUUUCAUUUUUUGUUUAAAAUCUUGUUUUCGUUAUUUGCCACUUUUUUAUACAUAAAUAUUGUUACGUGCUACAUGCCGGCCUCCCCUUAAUAUUGUACGUUUGGUUGUGUUUGCAAAAUAGCGUUGUGCGAUAGCUUUUCGUUUCGGUGUCCCAUCGAAUGGCACCUGAUUGGAAGGAGACGAUAAAGUAUUUUUGUUGUUGUUGUUGUUGUUGAUAAAUGAACUCGAGAUCAAUUUGUCUUUUGUGUAACGAGAUCAACCCUGAAAAAAGAGAGAAAAAAAAAAAAGGUUCACUAGUCCCUCUAUGAAAGAAGAACAAAAUCCUCACAAAGUACUGAUUAUAUUUAAUGCGAUUUACAUCAUAGAGAUUUUGCCUUUGUGUUAUCUUCAACUCUUUUUGAAUCUAAAUAAUUGGAUAGUUGGAAGUAAAAAGCUUUUUUUUUUCUCUCCCACUCUUUUUGUCCUUUUCUUUCUUUUGAGAUGACAAAAGCAAUCCAGUAUUAAUGAUGAUGGCGUUUUCCUUUUUUAUUUUUUAAAAUGUUUUUCGUUGUCGCUCUUCUUCUUCACCCUGCCGCAAAAAUGAUGACUUCUCUCUUGUUCUCGUUUGGCGCAAUAAUACAAAAAAAAAAGAUUACGUUUCAAUGAUGA